AUGACCACAGCAACGGCAAAGGCAGCCGCAGCGGCUCAACGCCGCGCACAUCCUGCUGACUGCGACCCGAAAUGCUUCCCCUACGUCAUGCAUCCAAGCAGCACCACCAGCACCAUCAGCACCUCUCACACCACCAACACCACCAACACCUCUUCUGCAGCAACUGGGAAACAAAGAAAUCGCAGCCAGAAUCCCAAUCACAGUCGAAACCUCAGUCACAGCUACCACGGCGCUCCUCGCCAAUGGCAAGACCCGGUCCAGCGUCCUGCAACGGCCAAUCCUACCAUCCAUCGCAGUGAUGAUUCCGCUCCUGUGGCCCGUCCUACUCGCUCAAGAAGCCGUCUACAGAAGCGCCCUUCACAGCAGAUGUUGAAGAAGUCUGCCAGCGUCUCUGCCAUGUCGGAAACUGCCUCCCGUCUCCCAAGACCAUCACUUGAUGAGAAAGACAUCACAGCCUUGCCCCAGUCGGCCGAUCAGGCUGUCCCUCAGCGAUCCUUCUCUCUCCGAAAGAAAUCUUUUGGGACAACAGAUCGCCCAAAAUCGAAAAAGGGCUCUUCCGACGAGCUCAAGUCUCCUGCCUCGACAAUCCACGCACCACUCUCUCUGAGACCUAAAUCCUCGCCAGCAGAGCAUAGCCCUAAGCCGGACUCUGACAGCGAAAAGUCAUCUUCCGCUGGCUCUCCUAGCCCUCCCAAUCCUAUCAGGACGCCACGCUAUCAACCCCUAGCACCGAACGACCCUUCUCCCUUGAAUCCCCUCUACCACAUUCCAAGCUCAUAUUUCUCCUAUGGGACGACUACCGAAACGAUGCAAUCCGCGACCUCUACCAACCCCAACACCGUCGCUGGGAAGAACGAGCAAGUCCUUCUCCCUCCCGCGUUUAAACCAGGGAAAAGCGAGGACACCGAAGUUGAAGAGGUUGUCCGACCAGCCGUAACACACGAAGUCAUCAAACGUGAUAAAAAGGAGAUAGUACAAGAAGAAAUCACCCGAGAAAUCCAUGUGCAUCACUACUACACCUAUACACAACCCAUCAAAGCAGUCGAAGUACUACCAGCACGUCACUUCCUCGUCGACGCAGAAACGGGAAAGAAGGUCGAGAUUCCAGCACCUGAAGGAUGGGUUAUGCCUAGCAAUCUGCAACCUUACAAGCCUGACCUGAGUGGUAUCGGUGCUGUGACGCGGCAUUCUCUGGUCGAUGAGGAACAUCCCAAUGGUGUACUGGAGCCGGCGCCACUGAACAUCAAAAAGAAAGAAUCACAGCAAGAUAUGAAGACGACUAGGAAGGCCACCAGCACCGGUAACUGGACGCCUUUCCCUAAAGUGAGAUGA